UUUCGCAGACUGGAUCAUAUAUUUUCAUUCAUGUUCCACAGAAGAUAAAGUCAUUUGCUGUUUUGAGUGAGAUGAGGGAAUACUGACGGAUUGUUUUGAUUUCCCAACCCGUUCUCAGUCUGUGAACGCAGCGUCUAUCUGAUUGGCUGAGAGAAAGUUGGCAACUGAUUGGCUUAGAAAAAGCUGGUAGCUGAUUGGAAGAAACAUUUCAUGGUUAAAAGUUUCGAUAAGCGGUGAAGUUCGCUUCACAUUCACAUUGCGCUGUUUUGUCUGUCGGUACGGAUCAAAACUUGUCCUUAGUUAUGGACGUUCGUUAAUUUAAGCUGAAUUUGCGUUUGUGGUGUAAACAGAACGCAUUGAGAAUCCAACGCAUGUUAUCUACUCAAUAAAAUAGCAAUAAAUCACUCCUCGUACUAUAGAGAUGGCAGCGUUGAGCAAUACAACUAUGAAAACUUUAGAAGAUUUAACAUUGGACUCUGGCUAUGGAGCUGGAGACUCAUACAGGUCUCUCAGCCUGUCCUCCUCCAAAUCCAACUCGCAGGCGCACACCAGCUCUCCGCAGCGAGGUAACUGGUGGAGCUACGCGGGCUCCAUGAACAACAGCUGGGACACAGUAAACACGGUGCUACCCGAAGACCCAGAGGACAUCUUCUCCAAGUGUCCGAGGUUACCAGAGUUAGAGGAGUUCCCGUGGACGGACGAGGAGAUCGAUGCGGUCCUGCAUAAAGUGUCUGGAGAGGGGUCACAUUUUGCUCCAGAGAGCGUCAGGAGAUUGUCAACGCUGAUGCGCAGGGCUUUAUUGCGUAUCUCCAGAGAGGCGCAGCGGUUGAGCGUCCUGCAUUGCAGGUGCACACGCUUUGAGGUGCAGAGCGCUAUCAGACUGGUCAUGAGCUGGGCACUGGCGGACAGUUGCGUCUCUGCCGCAGUCAAAGCCAUAUCGUUAUACAGCAUGAGCGCUGGCGAGGUCCUGCGCAAGAGCAAGUCCUCACGCUGCAAACUCAGCCUCUCUGUCGGGCGCUUUUUCCGCUGGAUGGUGGACACUCGGAUCUCGGUGCGCAUCCAUGAGUACGCUGCGAUCUGUUUGACCGCAUGCAUUGAGAAUCUGGUGGAGGAGAUCGGCGCGCGCGCGCUGGCGGCGCAGAACGGGCCCCGCAUCUCUUCAGUGGGAGCUGAUGCGCUGGAGGCAGUCGUCAACAGUGACGCGGAGAUAUUUGGUCUUGUGCAAAACUAUGAACACCUCAUCAGCGGGAAAAACGCCAAUGGUGAGUUGUCCCUGCCGGCCCAUUUCAGCCCGUAUGCUGAGAGUCCGUGCUCGGCUGUGGAGAGCAGAGAGAACGCAUAUGUCCAGCUGGAGCUCAGGACACUGGAGCAGGCCCUGCUGGCCACCUGUGUGGGCAGCCUCUCAGAACUCAGUGACUUGGUCUCCCGUGCAAUGCACCACAUGCAGCGUUUGGUUUCCACAGGUCCCAGCCUUAGUCCUGGUCGUCUAUUUUGCCUCCAGCCAAUCUCCUGGUCUCCAGACGCUCUUCACACGCUCUACUACUACCUACGUAGUCCACAGAUGGAGUCUCUGGAGAACCCCAACCUUGAGCCACCCAGAAUAGCUCUCAGUAAAGAGAGGCCUUUCCCUCUUCUUCCUCCACUAAUGGAGUGGAUGCGUGUUGCCAUGGUACAUGCGGAGCAUCGGCGGAGCCUGUUUGUGGACAGUGAUGAUGUGAGACAGACUGCAAGACAGCUUCUCCCUGGGCUGGAUUGUGAACCUAGACAGCUCAAACCAGAGUGCUGCUUCACCUCCUUCAAGCGUUUGGAUUCAAAGGCCGCUGCAGACAAGUUUAAUCUGGAUCUGGGCUUUCGUAUGCUUAACUGUGGACGUACAGAUCUAAUCGGUCAGGCUAUCCAGCUGUUAGGCCCAGAUGGGGUGAACACUAUGGAUGAUCAGGGCAUGACUCCUCUGAUGUACGCCUGUUCAACAGGGGACGAGGCUUUGGUACACAUGCUCAUCGAUGCUGGGGCGAACUUGGAUGUGGCGGUGCCAAACUGUUCAUCAAAACAUCCCUCUGUCCACUCUGAGAGCCGCAAUUGGGUGGCCUUGACCUUUGCAGUGCUGCAUGGACAUUUGUCUGUAGUGCAGCUCCUGUUAGAUGUGGGAGCAGAUGUGGAGGGUUCAGCCUUGAGGAACGGCCACCACAGUUCAGCAGAAACGCCCCUCCAGCUGGCAUCGGCCGCAGGGAACUACGAGAUGGUGAGUCUGCUGUUGUCACGUGGAGCUGAUCCCAUGUUGCGGGUGCAUCUGACAUCAUCAUUGUAUGAGGGCAUGAACUGCUUCAGUCACGCCGCUGCACAUGGACACAGGAACGUGUUAAGGAAACUGUUGAGUCAGCGGCAGCAGCCACAAGAGGACGUACUCUCUCUAGAGGAGAUCCUAGCCGAGGGAGUCGAGGAGCAGGAGGAUCAAAAAGAUCAGGGACUGAAGGAGAGAGCAAAUGCUCACAGCGAUGAAGGUACUCCGCGGCUGUGUAAGGCCCGCAUUAGAGCCCUGCAGGAAGCCAGUCUGCACAGCGCCGAGCACGGAUACCUGGACGUCACCAUGGAGCUCAGGGCACUGGGAGUGCCAUGGAAGCUGCACGUAUGGCUGGAGUCGGUACGCAGUGCUCAGCUUCAGUCCAGGACUGAGCUCACGCUUUCUCUCCUUAAAGACUUCACGACUAUUGGACAAGAGAAAUAUUGUGAGGAGCUGCUCUCCGAUGGACUUCCGCUACUCUUCUCUAUUCUUAAAACCAGCAAGAGUAGGGAGAUCCGUAAGCAGCUGGCAGCCAUCUUUAGCCACUGUGUUUCCUUUACAGCUGCCCCAUCUAUUCUGGCAGUAAAGGACACACCUACAGCUCAGCUGGAUGCCCAUUUUUUGAAUAAUCCAGAGAUGUCUGAUGUUACAUUUGUGGUGGAGGGAAGGCAGUUUUAUGCCCAUAAGGUUCUCCUCAUGUCUGCUUCACUGAGGUUUAAAGACCUACUGGGACUCUACAGAAGUAAUGCCACACCAGACCACAUGGCCAUUGAAAUCACUGACAUGAAGUACAGCACUUUCCAUAUGAUGAUGGCGCAUUUGUACUGUGGAGGAGCAGAAUGUUUACAAGUGUCUGUCUCUGAUUUGCUGGAGCUCCUGCCAGUGGCCCACACAUUCCAGCUUCCCGUUUUAAAGAGACACUGUGAAAUCCUUUGCUCUGAGAGAAUAAACCUCAGCAAUGCUUUGAGAAUCUACCAAACUGCCAAGGUCUGCGAGGCCGUGGAACUGGCCGUAUUUUGUGAAGGCUUCUUCCUGCAGAACAUGGUGGAUCUUCUGGAUGGUGAUCAUCAGUUUGAAGAGUUAGUGUUGGGUUCUGACUGCAGCGCUGCUUUGGAUCCAGAUGCUCUGGAUGGUCUGCAGGCUACUCUGGCCUCAAGGCUGCACUCACUUUGUGUCCAACAUAGAGCUUGAAAGCAUGGAGAAAAUCAUCAUAUUCUUCAUUGACUUAAUAAAAAGACUCAGAUAUACAGGAGAGUUUCCUAUACACAGCGUUCCUUACUUGGAGGACAUCCAAAAAGAAAUGUUUCAAUGCUGACUAAAUGAUUUUAAUGGGAUAUUUCUGAUACAUUUAAAACUUUAAAAGAUGACUUUGCUUCUUGGAUAAUGAGAUAACCAAACUUUUGUAAGAUGUAUGGCAUUACCGCCCUCUAGUGGCAAAGCGCCCCUACACCUACAUACAGGUAGGUUUCAUGUACAUAGCAGUCUUGUACAGUAGAUACUUUAGUAUUCUCAUACCACAUUUAAAGUGUAAAUAUAUUUCUAAUGUUCAUUAAUGGGACAGGGUACUUUGGGAACAUUUAAAUUAUUUGAUAUGACAUUUUUAUGAGUUAUUGAAAUGGCAGAA